AUGACAGUGGUUGAAGCACCAUCAUGGGCGCAGCCCAUCCUCAACUUCCUGGUGAGCAGAGAGCUACCAUCUAACGAGAUCUUGGCACGACAGGUGCAACACCGGGCAGCAACAUACACAAUAGUGAACAGAGAGCUUGUCAGGUGCAGUGUGGCUAGCGUCUUCCAGCGCUGUGUAGAGCAAGAGAAAGGCAAGGCAAUCCUUAGAGACAUCCACCAAGGCAAAUGCGGCCACCACGCAGCCUCCAGGUUCCUUUUCGCCAAAGCUUUCCGCCAUGGAUUCUUCUGGCCAACUGCUUUGGACGACACCAAGAACUUGGUCAAGAAGUGCAAAGGGUGCCAACGAUUCAGCUCCAAGCAACACCUGCCGGCUUCUGCACUCAAGAACAUCACCCUCACUUGGCCAUUUUCCAUCUGGGGGCUGGACAUGGUGGGCCCAUUCAAAACUACACGCGGCGGCACGACCCAUCUGCUUGUCGCCGUGGACUAA